AACCAAUGUGGCUUCUUGGAUCACCUUCACACGUGAUGAUGGAUGAGCGCCUGUCUCCCUCCGCGCGCUCUGUCCAGAGCCCCGGGAACCCGUCCACGCUCCACAGCAUCGAGGCCAUACUGGGAUUUAAAGAGGACUUGUUGCGCAAAGCAACAUCCUACAGCUCCGUGCAAAACAAAGGCACUGAGCGCAACGGGACCCCAGGAAAAAAGACACACUGCUCUCAAAGUUGUGACGGUAUGUGUAGUGCCAGCAGCACAGCUGAGGCCGGGGCCUGUCCCGGAUCACCAGCCAGAGACGGCAAACUGGCCGAAGACGAAACCCACAAGAAGAAGCACAGACGGAACCGGACCACGUUCACCACCUUCCAGCUCCACGAACUGGAGCGAGCCUUCGAGAAAUCUCAUUACCCGGACGUGUACAGCAGGGAGGAGUUGGCCCUAAAAGUCAACCUGCCUGAGGUCCGCGUGCAGGUUUGGUUCCAGAACCGGAGAGCCAAAUGGCGUCGGCAGGAGAAGCUGGAGGUGAGUUCCAUCAAGCUGCCGGACACCUCCUCCUCUUUGCUCUCCUUCACCCGGACAUCCAGCAGCUCCCUGGGUUCCAGCCUGCAGCUGGAUCCCUGGCUCAGCACGCCGAUCACCUCCUCCACUUCCCUGCAGUCACUCCCAGGCUUCAUCAGCAGCCCUCAAGGCCUCACGGGCACCUACACGGCCUCUCCACAUGCUCCAAUGCCCUCCUCCCUGCAGGCCUCCUUCCUCAGCUCCCCUGCACUGGGACCUCAACUGCCCCACAUGGCCUCCAUCUGCCCCCCACCUCCGCCCUACCAGUGCUCUGUGGAUCCAAGGAACUCCAGCAUAGCCUCACUGAGGUUGAAGGCCAAGGAACAUGUUCAGUCUAUUGGGAAGACGUGGUGAUGAUGGACAUCAAUGCCUCUGCUUUAACUUUUAAAAAGUUAACUUCUUCCACUUUCUGUCGGGAUUGUAUCUUUUUCUCUUUUUUUGCUGA